CCUCUCUCUCUUCAUCCCUCACGUGCCCUCUCUCCACCCCUUCUUUCAUCCAAGAAGAACAGACCGCUGGCAGACGAGAAGAGAAGAGACGACAGAGGAGACGGAAGAGCAGAGAGAAAACAAGUAAACUACAAAAAAAAAGCGCAGACGAAGAAGGACAAGAACAAGGAGAAGAAGAAAAGCAUCAUGGACGCUCUGAAGAAGGGAUUCUCUAUGGCAAAGGAAGGAGUGGCCACUGCUGCCGAGAAGACGAAGGCCGGGGUGGAGGAGGCUGCCACCAAGACCAAGGAGGGGGUCUUCUAUGUCGGAAACAAGACGAUGGAGGGAGUGGUGACCGGUGUCAACACAGUCGCUCAGAAGUCGACCGAACAAGCCAACAUCGUUGCAGACACCGCGGUUGCCGGGGCCAAUGAAGUUGCCCAGGCAACAGUGGAGGGGGUGGAGAAUGCAGCAGUGGCGAGCGGAUUGGUUAGUGGGGACCAGAAGGAGGCGGGACCAGUGACUGAGGAGACUGACUUUCCAAAAACACAAGCAGGAGGAGAACAGAGCGAACAGGCUGCACAGUAGACUGACCGUGGCGCUGUCACAGAGAAGAAGCUGUUCAGAGAUCCUCCUUCUGCCCUGAUUAACCUCAAUAACCAAUAUCGACCCCAUCCUGCUGUUGCCAUGGUUACGCUGCCUCCGCCCAGCACACCCGCUCUGACGUCGGUCAGGUCUUGUGCAUUCACACUGUAAGCUGAUUGGUCCAUGUGGAGGUACCUGAGGCCACGCCCCCUUUAGACGCAUGUCGCUUUGCAGAGACAUGAAUGGUGAUCACUAAUCAUUCACACACACUUCCUGUUUCUGAUUCACGAUGAGCUGAUUUCUUCUUUUCUAAACAAGUGUGAAAUAAAAACGAGUGAAACCA